CUUCUUUGUAUCGUAUUAUUUGGACGUUCACUCUCUCUCUCUCUGCUUCUCUCUUCAGCAUUAUCUGCUGUGCAACACCUCUUUGGCACUCUCUCAUUCGUUCUCUCUCCUAAGGAGCCCAAGAAAAUUCUGUAGAUAGCAUAAACAAUCCUUUGGAGAGAUGGAGAUAACUAAUGUUACGGAGUAUGAGGCAAUUGCCAAGGAGAAAUUGCCGAAGAUGGUUUAUGACUACUACGCAUCAGGUGCAGAGGACCAAUGGACUCUUAAGGAGAACCGAAAUGCUUUCUCAAGGAUUUUGUUUCGACCUCGUAUUCUUGUUGAUGUAAGCAAGAUAGACAUGGCCACAACUGUUCUGGGCUUCAAAAUCUCAAUGCCCAUCAUGAUUGCUCCCACAGCCAUGCAGAAGAUGGCUCACCCUGAAGGAGAGUAUGCAACAGCAAGAGCAGCAUCAGCAGCUGGCACUAUUAUGACACUUUCCUCAUGGGCUACUUCCAGUGUUGAAGAGGUUGCUUCAACAGGACCUGGCAUUCGCUUUUUCCAACUCUAUGUGUAUAAAGACAGGAAUGUGGUUGCACAGCUUGUAAGAAGAGCUGAAAGGGCUGGUUUCAAUGCAAUUGCCCUGACCGUGGACACUCCAAGGCUUGGCCGCAGGGAGGCUGACAUCAAGAACAGAUUUGUUUUGCCACCAUUUUUGACUUUGAAGAACUUUGAUGGAUUGAAUCUUGGAACAAUGGAUAAGACCAAUGAUUCUGGACUAGCUUCCUAUGUUGCUGGACAAAUUGACCGCUCUCUCAGCUGGAAGGAUGUGAAGUGGCUUCAGACAAUCACCCGAUUACCAAUUCUUGUGAAGGGUGUCCUUACUGCUGAGGAUACAAGGCUAGCCAUACAAGCUGGAGCUGCAGGAAUCAUCGUGUCCAAUCAUGGAGCUCGCCAACUUGAUUAUGUUCCUGCAACUAUUAUGGCUUUGGAAGAGGUUGUCAAAGCUGCACAAGGCCGAGUUCCUGUUUUUCUGGAUGGUGGAAUCCGGCGAGGGACAGAUGUCUUUAAAGCAUUGGCUCUAGGAGCAUCGGGCAUAUUUAUUGGAAGACCUGUUGUAUUCUCAUUGGCUGCUGAAGGCGAGGCUGGUGUAAGAAAAGUACUUCAGAUGCUUCGGGAUGAGUUUGAAAUAACGAUGGCUUUAAGUGGUUGUCGCUCACUUAAAGAGAUUACCCGUGACCACAUUGUAGCUGAAUGGGAUCGUCCGUAUCUUUCACCCAGGUUGUAAGAUUAUAAUGCUGCUUCUUGUUCAUUAUUAUGGUGGGAGGUUAUUUCAGGAACCUGUCUUUUGUAAGAAUAACACCUCUCACGUUUGGUUUGAAAAUAUAUAUUGAAGAGUUCGAACUUCUGUGACACAAUAAAUGAGAUUAUUAUUACAAGACUACUUAAUUGGGGAUUGGGGUUAUGAACUUAUGGCACCAAUGCAGCAUAUUUUUGUAACAGUGAAUGCUUUAUUUUGUUUCUAAGCAACUGGUGGUGAAGAAAAUAUAUCAUAUAUAGCAAUUUGACCGUUCA